AUGCCUCACUUCACAAGAAACCAAUCUGACCCCUUGAAGUCUUUCUACAUAGAAAACCAGAGCGUAGGCCAUAAGGACAGCACAGAAGAUUGGCGCAUUCGAGGAUACAACCCAUUGACACCUCCCGACCUGCUUCAACAUGAAAUCCCUCAAACCGCAGAAUCCAGAGCAACAGUGUUGAAGGGUCGCAAUGAGUCCGUCGAUGUUGUAACUGGCACAGACAAGAAUGGCAGAUUACUGGUAAUCAUUGGACCAUGCUCAAUUCACGACCCUGUUGCUGCCCUCGAAUAUUGCGACAAGCUCGUGGCGCUCAAGAACAAAUACGAAGAUGAUCUCUUGAUUGUCAUGCGCUCUUACCUCGAAAAACCAAGAACUACUGUUGGAUGGAAAGGUCUCAUCAACGAUCCUGACAUCGAUAAUAGCUUCAAGAUUAACAAAGGGCUGAGAACGAGCAGACAAUUGUUCGUGGAUUUGACUACAAAGGGAAUGCCUCUUGCUAGUGAGAUGCUGGAUACUAUUUCACCACAAUUCUUGGCCGAUUUAUUGAGUGUUGGAGCUGUUGGUGCCAGGACAACUGAGAGUCAAUUGCAUAGGGAAUUGGCUAGUGGAUUGAGUUUCCCAGUUGGUUUCAAGAAUGGUACGGACGGGAGUCUUGGUGUAGCUAUUGAUGCCAUUGGUGCCGUACGACAUCCUCAUCACUUCCUUUCAGUUACCAAGCCUGGUGUUGCUGCCAUUGUUGGUACAGUUGGCAACGAAGAUUGCUUCGUUAUUCUCCGAGGUGGUACCAGGGGCACUAAUUACGAUGCAAAGAGUGUUCAAGAGGCCAAGGCUGCACUUGAGAAGAACGGCGUUAGACAGAGAUUGAUGGUCGACUGCAGUCAUGGAAACUCGUUGAAGAAUCACAAGAAUCAACCUAAGGUUGCAGCUGUAUUGGCGGAACAAAUUGCCGCAGGGGAGGAUGCCAUUAUGGGUGUUAUGAUUGAGAGCAACAUUAAUGAAGGUGCUCAGAAGGUUCCCAAAGAAGGAAAAGCCGGUCUCAAAUACGGUGUGAGUAUCACUGAUGCUUGUAUUGGAUGGGAUGACACCGAGUCAGUCCUUGAAGGUCUGGCCAAGGCUGUCCAGCAGCGAAGAGAGCUUAAGAAUGGGGCAAACUGA